AGGAAUUCCCGCCCUCGUCGUUUCACUCCGACGUCGUCGUCGGCGGCCGCUUGUGGUGCACGGGUGAGACGAGAAAGCGGAUUGGAGCGGAAGCGGCAGAGAGGCAAGAGGUUUUUCGGUAGAAGGGACGACGGCGUUAUUGAUGAGAUUAGUGGGCGCGAACAUCCACUGGCAUUAACGUUGCGGUUUUAUUGCGCGAUUAGUCGCGUUUAAUCGCGUUGCAGUUGGAUCUGCGUCAGUAAUAAUCGAAGGUCGCUAUCGCUACAUCGCAGACGAUAACGGCAACGACGACUGCGGCAAAAGUGACUGCCGGAAAGAAGGGGGAAGUUCCGACAGCAUCGUGGAACCUCAAAAUCGUCUAACAGAAGAAGAUUAAAACAAUCAAAGAUGUCAUUGUGGGCAAAAGCUCAGCAGUUACCACCGGAAAUACUGCAACGGGUGCAUUCAAUAUACGGAGAUCACUUUCCGAUUGAAGUCAGGCACUUCCUGUCAGCAUGGCUAGAGGAGAAGAUGUGGUCUGAUAUAGAGCCAGAGAAUCCGCAGCAUGAACAAUAUAUCUCCAACAUUAUCUUAUCCCUGAUACAAGAAAUAGAAAAUAAAGCACUUGCGCUGCAAAAUGACAGAGACUUCUUUCUAGCGAAAUUGAAAUUGACAGAGGUUGCGAAAUCAUUUCGCCAAAGAUAUGCCCAAAAUCCGAUGACAUUAUUUAGGAUAAUCAGACAUUGUCUGGGCACAGAAAUGAAAGUACUGUCACAAGUCGAGAAUCUAGGAGGUAGUCUAAUGAACAUGGCUGACGACAGGGUCAAUAUGAUGAUAGGCGAUGCCGUCGCUGAGAUAGCUCAACAAGUCGAUCUAUUACGGCGCAAGACAUUCGAAAGCGGUGAGGAUUUACGAAGAAUGGAGCAGGAACAAGAGGCUUUUGCUCUCAGCUAUCACGAAUGUACAAAGCUGAAUGCCCACUUGCAACAUCUCGCUACUCAGCCACAGAAUCAGCAAAGCAUGGACUUGGAAAAGAAGAUUAAAAGGCAAAAGGAUCAGCAAGAGCAGUUACUAAAUAACAAAGUAGCUGGUCUGAUGCAACUGCGUUUAUCAUUAAUUGAUAAAUUGAAAGACACCAUUACAAGAAUAAGUACCUUGCAAUCCAAAAUUUUGGACGACGAGCUGAUCAGAUGGAAAAGGGAGCAGCAGUUAGCGGGGAAUGGCGCGGCCUUCAACAGCAAUUUGGACUCUAUACAGGAAUGGUGCGAGAAUCUCGCCGAGCUUAUUUGGUCGACGCGACAACAGAUUAAGGAGGCAGAGCGUCUGAAGCAAAAAUUCGGCCUUGAACCACCAGCGAUACAAGACAUUCUGCCCACCUUAAAUUCUCAGAUCACGCAACUUCUCAGUUCACUGGUUACCAGUACCUUUAUUAUCGAGAAACAACCCCCACAAGUUAUGAAGACUAAUACUCGUUUCACCAGCACCGUUCGAUUGUUAGUUGGUGGUAAAUUGAACGUUCAUAUGACGCCGCCGCAGGUAAAAGUGAGCAUAAUCAGCGAAGCUCAGGCAAACGCUUUGUUAAAGAGCGAUAAAAUGGCGAAGAAUGGCGGUGAGGUCAGCGGAGAAAUCUUGAACAACACUGGCACCAUGGAAUAUCAUCAGGCAACCAGACAAUUGUCUGUGAGUUUUCGUAACAUGCAAUUGAAAAAGAUCAAGCGGGCGGAAAAGAAGGGCACGGAAUCGGUGAUGGACGAAAAAUUCUCACUGCUGUUCCAAUCGCAAUUCAGCGUUGGCGGCGGGGAACUAGUGUUCCAAGUAUGGACCUUGAGUUUACCAGUAGUGGUAAUCGUUCACGGUAAUCAGGAACCCCAUGCAUGGGCUACUGUCACUUGGGACAAUGCAUUUGCGGAGCCUGGAAGAGUGCCGUUUGCGGUACCAGACAAAGUAUCAUGGUGCCAGGUGGCAGAAGCCUUAAAUGUCAAGUUCCGUUCUGCGACUGGUCGUCUACUGACUGAGGAGAAUCUCCGAUUUCUCGCGGAAAAGGCAUUUCGAAGCAAUGGAAACUCAAAUGCGCAAGACUAUUCAGGUCUGCUUCUAAGUUGGACGCAAUUCUGUAAGGAACCCUUACCCGAAAGGAAUUUUACUUUCUGGGAGUGGUUUUACGCCGUCAUGAAACUCACUCGAGAGCACCUGAGGGCCCCAUGGAUGGAUGGUUACAUACUUGGAUUCGUCCGAAAGAAGCAGGCGGAAGAGAUGUUGGCGACUUGCGCGUUCGGUACUUUUCUGAUGCGUUUCUCCGACUCGGAACUCGGUGGCAUUACGAUCGCGUGGUGCGGAGGUAAAGGCGAUACGACAACGUGUCAGACUACAGAUCAAUUUUCAGAUCAAGUACGAUCAGAUCAAAGUACAGUGGAGCAAGUGUUCAUGUUGCAACCGUUCACGAGUAAGGACUUUGCCAUCCGUAGCUUGGCAGAUCGUGUAUUCGAUUUGCAACAUCUCUUGUAUUUGUAUCCGGAUAUCGCAAAGGAUCAAGCUUUCUCCAAAUAUUACACGCCAUUUAAUGAAAAUCAAUCCACGUCGACAAAUGGCUACGUCAAACCGCUAUUAGUAACGCACGUACCAGGUUGGAGCGCGCCUGGACAGGGUGGUCAAACACCAUCCCACUCUUCUAUAGUGGGAGUCAGUAGUAGCGGACCGGGCGGACCGGGCGGAAGUUACCCUGCCACGCCACAAACCAUGUUCCAAGCGCAUAGUCCUGAUCCAUCUGUACGAGACACACCGUCCGUAGCAUCAAGUUACGCUCCGGGUCUCAGCCAGUCGGGUGUUGGACGGCCAAGUUCGGAUAUGGACUACGUGGAGCUGAUGGGCCACAACGAGCUGUCGUCGAUCGAUGAAAAUCUCAACUUGGAUCACCUGAACGGUUUCGGCUUCUCCGAGUUCAUGCAGUCAUACAACACUAGUAGAUCAGAAAACGGAGGGAUCUCUCUACUGAUGACUAAUUAAUGCCUUUAAUGUUUUUAUUUUUUAUACGUACAUAUUAUAUACUAUAAAAAACGUUUAUAUAAAACGUUAUGAAAAACUUAAAUCCGUAUAAAUAAUACCGAUUUAAAUACUUUUUAUUACGUCCUAUAUUUACCGUCGAAAUCACUUGAUUCGAAAAAAAUAACUUCCGUCAGAGUGUGAGAGUAUAUUUUAUGUUUUAAUAGAUAGACUAGUUAAAACAUAUGAAGUAUAUAUAAGUUUUAACUAGUUUUUAAUUAAUUUUCUUUCGUGAUAUCUUAGUUGUAGUACUGAAGAGUGGGAUAAGCUAUGGCCGGUAUUCAUAGUCGGAUCUUAUAUUUAAGACCGUCUUAAGUUUAUCUACAGAUGUUGUAUAGAUCAUUUCAUUGGCUACGGAGUAUCUGAAGAUACACUUAAGACGGUCUUAAAUAUAAGAUCCGACUAUGAAUACCGGCCUAUGUGUAUGUAUACGAUUAUACACAUAAUAUUAUGUAUAUAAUUUUACUAAUUUCAUCGGUUAAUUUGUAAACAGAAGCUUAUCCGUCUUAGUUUAUAAAUAAGGCUUAUAUAGAUUAUGUAGUAGGUAAUUUUAAACGGACUAAGAGUAAAAACAGAGACUUAGCCUUCGAUGGCACUAGCUGUUAGCUUAAAAUUAGUUACUACAUGGUGCUCCAUUCCCUCCCCCAACCAUGUAUUUUAUACAUACAUUAUUAAAAAAUAAUAUAUCAAUUGUUAAUGUGAAAUACAAAAUUUAUCACGACUAUGUGCACACAAUGUCAUAUGUACAAUGUACGCUAUUUUCAGUAGAAUAGACAUUAAUAUUGUCAAUUGAUUGUGUUAACAAAGAUUAGAGUUUAUUUUAUUAUGGAAAAUGAGAUAAUUAAUGAAGAGAUGACUAUUAUAUUCUUAUCCAUCACUGUAACUGCUAAAUGUAAAUGUAACAUAACACACACGCAUGUUUACGCGCAAUAAAGUACGUUGUACGAUC